GGCGACUCUAAGGUGAGAAUUCCGAGCCGUUCUCUCUUCUUUGAUCUUUCCCAGUUGCCGUCCGGCAAACUAGUCCACCGCCAUGGCUCAAUGUCUGAAUUUCUCUCUUCGUCUCUUCUUGUGACUCCGAAUUCCGUCGCUGCUGCUUCUUCGAAACAAUGUAAAGCCUCUCACUUCCCACUUCUUCCCUCACCCUAUCCCUAUCCCUCUCAUCCGUCUCUGCUUGCCCUCCACCAACUACUCCGUCAGGCGUCUGGCGGUGACGGCUCUCUCUGCCGAUGCUUUGGGGAAGAAGCCGCUGCUCGAAGUCAAAGAUUUGAAGGCUGUGAUUGCUGAAACAUGACAGGAGAUUCUCAAGGGCGUCAACCUAGUCGUGAAUGAAGGGGAGGUAUAUUGACUGAUAGUGUAGGAUAGUUCUAUCAGUUUCUGGAGUUUGGUGAGUCAACUUAUACGUUUUUUUCAUAUUUUCCGGCGAGGGAUAUGUACAUCAGUACAUGCACUAAUGGGCAAAAAUGGUUCCGGGAAAAGCACAUUCUCAAGGUUCUUGUUAGCAAUCCACAUUAUGAAGUUACUGGUGGUAGCGUGAUCUUUAAAGGGGAGAACUUGCUUGACAUGGAACCGGAGGAUAGGUCCAUUGCAGGGCUUUUUAUGAGCUUUCAGUCCCCAAUUGAAAUCCCUGGUGUCAGCAAUAUUGGCUUCCUAAACAUGGCUUACAAUGCUGGAAGAAGAAAACUUGGUCUCCCGGAGCUUGGACCAAUUGAGGAUUCCAUCACUUAAAGUUUGGUGCUGUCCAUUUUGGGAUCUUCAGGGAACAAUGCGGCCAGUUCCUGAGUCUAUAGAAGUCUACUUUUUCUUUGCAAAAAGACAAAGAGGAUCAAAGGAGAAAGACAAAAAGACAAUUCAGAGACCUGGAACAUUUGAACAGAUUUCUCAAUUCACACCACAAGGGGAAAAAUGACGAUGCCGAUCGUGUAACACGAAGAAGAAAAUGGCCAUGACACU